UACCCGUGCGAGCAGUGCGGGAAGUCGUUUAAUCGCCCCUACAACUUGCGUUCGCACAUGAAAACGCACUCCACCGAUAAACCACACGCGUGCCAGUACUGCAAUCGUCGCUUCGCACGUACCCAUGACCGCAAGAGACACGAGUUGUUGCACGAAGGUGAAAAGAAGUUCAAGUGUUUCGGGUACUUGCGCGACGGAAAGCUGACGUGGGGCUGCAACCGCAAGUUUGCGCGUGCGGACGCUUUGGGGAGACACUUUCGC